AAUGUCAAAAUGAUGGCCUACCCUUCACCAAAUUUCACUGCACUACUCCACCUCGCUUCACUCACACAACUCUAAUUUUUUUCUCUAUUUUGCUUUGCUUCACAUCAAAUUCACCCCUCCUUAUAAAUGUUUUCCACCAAUCCCACACCAAACAUCUUCAUUCCUACAAUGGCCAAACACACCAUCAAGAUCUGCCUUCUCCUGCUUCUCCUACACAUAAGCUUUUCAUCUGGUUGGGAUUCAGACUCUGUGCAGGAUUUGUGUGUGACAAACCCAUCUUCAGGAUUUCAACUCAAUGGCUUCCCAUGCAAAGAUCAAUCCAAAGUAGUUUCCUCAGAUUUCAAAAGCUCCCUGCUGAUCAAGCCAGGAAACACAUCAAAUCCCCUGAGAUCUGCUCUCACAAUUGGCACAGCUUCAAGCUUUCAUGGUCUCAACACUCAGGGCCUCUCAUUUGCCAGAAUAGAUUAUGCCCAGGGAGGAAUAGUGCAGCCCCACUACCAUCCCAGGGCUUCUGAGGUCUUGUUUGUAUUGAAGGGGACACUUCAGGCAGGAUUCAUUGAUACCCAGAACAGAUUGUUUACAGAGAUGCUUAGUGAAGGGGAUCUGUUUGUUUUCCCUGUGGGGAUGGUGCAUUUUAUUCGGAAUGUAGGGAGAGGGGAAGCAGUGAGCUUGUCAAGCUUGAAUAGCCAAAACCCAGGUGCUGUGCUCAUUGCCAAAACACUUUUUAGUUCAAACCCUGGAGUUCCUGAUGGUGUCCUGGCUAGGGCGUUCAGAAUUUCAGAGGGUGAAGUCCAUUCCAUUGAGAAGGCCAUGUCAAGUAGGGGAGAAAUGAAAUAUGGGGGCCUGUCUGCUUAUAUGAUGUUAUUGGUUCAGUUCAUCAUUUGUCUGUAUAUAUGUGUGUGAGUAUCAUGUUUGUGAUUUUCUUAUUCUAUUGAUGUAUAAAACCCUCAUAAAUGAAAGAACAGUCAUCCAAUUGAUAGUUCAUACUUGAUUACAUUCUCAGAAUGUAUGUAGGUAGUCUCUUUGAGGUUUGCCAUCUU